UUCCUGUUGAGGAAGGACGUAACCGCGAGCCAGGUGUUGGCUCCCUCGCCUCUGGGCUGGGCUCAGGCGCCAAGUUUGAACGAAGCCAGCCGCCAAGAUGAGCAUCAAUGGAUCCCACCCCAGGCUCAACACCGUGGGCAUGGGGAGGAUGAUCAGAGCCGAGUCCGGCCCGGAUAUGCGCUACGAGAUGAACUCUCAUGCGAUGAUGGCGGGCGGAGGGGCAACCAGCCAUACCCAUAAAAUGUACUAUGUCCAGAAAAGUUACGGAGCGGACAUCAGCUCGGAAGGAUAUACUCAAAAUGGAACUGGUACGAUGUCCAGGCGUCAGAACACCAUUCAAGACCUUUUGCAAAAUUGUUCAGAUUGCCUCAUGCGUGCUGAACUCAUAGUACAGCCUGAGCUGAAGUAUGGGGAAGGUAUCCAGAUUAGCAGGAACCGAGAGCUGGAGGAUUGCUUUGCUCAGACAAAUGAGCACAUGGACAUCCUGGAUGGGUUGAUCAGAGAGAUGAGACAAAUGGGGCAGCCAUGUGAGCUGUACCAGAAAAGAUUGCUUCAGCUUCAAGAGCAGAUGCGUGCCCUCUAUAAAGCAAUCAGUGUACCCCGUGUCCGUAGGGCUAGUUCCAAAGGUGGGGCUUUUACCUCUCAGAGUGGAUCAGGAUGGGAUGAAUACACCAGACGUGCCACCACUGAAUGUCUGAACUGGAUGAGGCAGCAGAAGGGUGAAAUGGAGUUAGUAAAAUGGGGAUUUGAUGCUGCAGCUAUUGAACAACAAAUCGCUGACCACAGGAGAUUUCAUAAUUCCAUUGGAGAUUAUCGCUGGCACUUGGACAAAGUCAAAACUGACCUGCGUGAGAAGGCUGCUGUUCACCAGCUUGAGGAGGAAUAUGAAUAUCUACUGAGAUUCUCCUUUGAAAGAAUGGAUCAUUUGCGCCAGCUGCAAAACAUCAUCCAAGCAACCAGCAGGGAAAUCAUGUGGAUCAAUGACUGUGAGGAGGAGGAGCUUCUCUAUGAUUGGAGUGACAGGAACACCGAUAUUGCCAGGAAGCAGGAGGCCUUCUCUAAACGCAUGAGCCAGCUGGAAGUUAAGGAAAAAGAACUCAACAAGCUGAAGCAAGAAUGUGACCAGCUGGUACUCAACCAGCACCCUGCCUCAGAUAAAAUUGAGGCCUACAUGGAUACGCUGCAGACUCAAUGGAGCUGGAUCCUCCAGAUCACCAAGUGCAUUGAUGUUCAUCUUAAGGAGAAUGCAGCAUACUUUCAGUUUUUUGAGGAAGCCCAGUCAACUGAGAGCUAUUUGAAGAAUCUACAAGAUUCCAUCAGGAAGAAGUUCAUCUGUGAUAAAAAUAUGUCUCUGCAAGUUCUGUUGGAGCAGAUCAAAGAAUUAGAGAAUGAACGAGAGAAAAUUCUGGAAUACAAGAGACAGGUGCAAAAUUUGGUGAAUAAAUCUAAGAAGAUUGUGCAGCUAAAGCCACGUAACCCUGAUUACAGGAGUAAUAAGCCCAUAAUUCUCAGGGCUCUGUGUGACUACAAACAAGAUCUGAAAACAAUGCGCAAAGGAGAUGAGUGCAUUUUAAAAGACAACGGUGAACGUAGCAAGUGGCAUGUGACUGGACCAGGAGGAGUGGAUAUGCUGGUGCCAUCUGUCAGUCUCAUUAUCCCUCCCCCUAAUCCAUUAGCUGUGGAUCUGGCAACCAAGAUUGAACAAUACUAUGAUGCUAUUAUGGCUCUGUGGAAUCAACUCUACAUCAACAUGAAAAGCCUGGUGUCUUGGCAUUAUUGCUUGAUUGACAUUGAGAAGAUCAAAGUUUUGACUAUUGCUAAGCUGAAGACAAUGCGCAGAGAAGAUUACCAAAGGGUAAUAGCUGACCUGGAGAUCCAUUAUCAAGAAUUCAUCAGGAACAGCCAAGGCUCAGAGAUGUUUGGUGAUGAUGACAAAAGGAAAAUUCAAACUCAGUUCACUGAUGCCCAGAAGCACUACCAGACAUUGGUCAUCCAGCUGCCAGGUCAACAACAACAACGACCACAGCAGCAAACUCAACAAGUUGUGCAGAGUGAAGUCACUCAUUUGGGCUCGGCCAACCAAGUUCAAAUUACUGAUCGGAACCGGGAACAGGAAAAGCAGGAAGCCUGGUUGCUCAUGGAACUCCAGAAGCUUCGGCGCCAAAUUGAAAAUUGUGAACUCCGGAUGGUGCAGAAAAACCCCCUCUGCCUAGAUCAAGGGGCCUCUCACAAUUUGUCAGUCAGAAUCAACGAAUUAGAGGGUAUACAAAAUGAAUCCCAGACAAUGGCAGAUGCUCUCAACAGGCAGAAAGAUUAUCUUCCCAACUUUAGAGGCUGUGAAAAGUAUCUCUAUUUGCAGUCUGAAAUCGGUGCUUUGUUUCAGAAACUGGAAAAUAUUAAUGGUGUCUCUGCUGGUUAUUUGGAUAGCUUGAAUGCACUAAGAUUGCUACUCCAGGCAAUUCUCCAGACAGAAGAUGUGAUCCGAGUGUUUGAAGUCAGACUCACAGAAGAGGACACUCUGUCUUUGGACCCAGAUAAAGUGGAAGCUUAUCGAGCCUGCCUGAAGAAAAUGAAAUCGGAGCUUGCUAUGAAGAGGUCGAUGCUCAGUACCUUGGAGGCAGAGCUGCAGAGGGCCCUCCAGGUUCACUCACAGUCUUGCCAGACAUAUCCUCUGUACGAGUUAGAUCUUGGGAAGUACAGCGAAAAAGUUGGCCACCUAACAGACCGUUGGCAAAGGGUGGAGAAACAGAUAGAUGACAGGGCUUGGGAUUUAGAAAAACAGGUGAAGCAGUUGAGAACCUAUCGAGAUCUUUACCAGGCUCUGAAUAAAUGGAUCUGUGAUGCCAAGCGCCGGCAAGACACUAUUGAAAGCAUGAAGUUAGGAGAUGUUAGCACCGUCAUGAGAUAUUUGCAGGAACAAAAGAACUUACAUGGAGAAAUAACAGGCAAGCGAGACAGAGUGGAAGAUGUGGUCAAGAAUGCAGAGGUGUGCUCAGCUGCAAUCAAGGAUUAUGAACUCCAGGCUGCAGCUUAUAGCGCGGGACUGGAGACUUUGCUGAACAUUCCUAUCAAGCGGAGCAUGGUCCAGUCUCCUUCAGGGCUAAUUCUGCAAGAGGCUGCAGAGAUCCAAUCCAGAUACAUUGAACUUCUUACAAGAUCAGGAGAUUAUUAUAAAUUCUUGAGUGAAAUGUUGAAGAGCCUGGAAGAUUUAAAGAUGAAAAGCACCAAAAUAGAAUUAUUAGAAGAAGAGCUGAGACUGGCCAGGGAUGCCAAUUCUGAUAACAGCAAUAAGCACAAAUUCCUGGAGCAAAAUCUACAAAAGUACCAGGUGGAAAUUUCCCAGCUGAAGGCCAAACUGAUGGGUUUGGAAGAGACGAAGAGGCACGCUGAGAUGGAUGGCAGCUCUGCCAAACAAAACUUGGACAAGUGUUAUGCACAAAUAAAAGAUCUGAAUGACAGGAUAACGAGGCUCACUUAUGAGAUUGAAGAUGAGAAGAGGAAAAGGAAGUUGUUGGAAGACAGAUAUGACCAACAGAAGACUGACUUUGACCAACUGCAGAAGACAAGGCAGAAUGAGAAAGAAAGUCUUGGUUGGCAAAAAAUAGAAUCUGAGAAAGUCGUCAAGGAGAAGGAGUACGAGAUAGAAAGGUUAAGGGUUCUUCUCCAGGACGAGGGGACGCGGAAGAGGGAAUAUGAGAAUGAGCUGGCUAAGGUAAGAAACCAGUUUAAUGAGGAGAUGAGUAAUAUAAAGAACAAGUAUGAAACAGAGAUUAACAUUAAGAAGACCACCAUCCACCAGAUAGCAGUCCAAAAAGAAGAUGAUGCCAAAAACCUCCGAGCCCAGAUCGAUAGGCUUCAGCGAGAGAACAGAGAUCUGAAGGAUGAGAUUGUCAGGCUCAAUGGUGCCAUUUUAGAAACUACAGAACAACGGAGGAGAGCAGAAGAAAACAUUCUUCAGCAGAAGGCUUGUGGCUCGGAGGUGGCGCAGCAGAAGCAACAGCUGGAGUUGGAGCUGAAACAGAUCAUUCAGCUGCGCAAUGAGGACAAUGCAAGGUAUAAGCAGGCGCUAGAAGAUGCUGCUUCGACCAUCCAGGACAAAACCAAGGAGCUUGAAAGAUUAAAGAUUCAGCUGCAGGAAGAGGCUAAAAGCCGAUGGGAGCUUGAAAAUGAAUUGGCUAAGGUAAGGAACAGUUAUGAUGAGGAAAUUAUUAGUUUAAAGAACAAGUAUGAGACUGAGAUUAAUAUCACAAAGACCACAAUAAGUCAGGUGACCAUGCAAAAGGAAGAGGAAUCCAGUAAUUACAAAGCACAGCUGGACAAUGCUAUAAGAGAAAAUAGGAGUCUGUGUGAGGAAAUUAGGAGGCUGAAGAAUACCAUAAGUCAGACAACAGAGAACCUUAGACAAGUAGAAGAAAGUGCUCACCAACAAAAAGCCAUUGGCUCUGAGAUCUCGCAAAAGAAACAGCAGCUUGAAAUAGAGUUAAAACAGACUGUUCAGAAAUACACAGAGGAGACCAUGCGUUACAAGCAGUCACUUGAUGAUGCUGGAAGAACAAUUAAGGAGAAAAAUAAAGAAACUGAAAAGUUGAGAAAGUUGUUAGAAGCAGAAACAAACCAGAGGAAAUCUAUGGAAGAGGAAAAUAUUCGAUUGCAAAGAGUCCAGUACGAUUUGGAGAAAGUCAACAUCAAUGCAACUGAGACCAUCAGCAGAUUGAAAGUCCAGGAGCAGGAACUGGGACGGCUCAGAAGUGAAUAUGAGAGGCUUGCACAAGACAAAAAAGGGAAAGAUCAAGAAAGCACAAGGCUCCAGAGUACAAUAAAAGAGCUGCAGCAUCAGAAACACAAGCUGGAGGAGGAGCUUAAUAGGCAGUCUAGGACCAUAGCGGAAGAGACUUCCAAAAGGAAUAAAGUGGAAGAGGAGUUAGAAACUAUAAGAAGAUCUUUCAGAGAGCAAGCUGUUAAAAUCACAAACCUUACUCAGCAGAUAGAGGAGGUCUCAAUUGUAAAGAAAAGGAGUGAAGAUGACUUGCGGCACCAAAGAGAGGUGCUGGAUAGUCAUGUGAGAGAUAAGCAGAGGUACAUGGAGGAGAUAAGGAAGUACACUUCAGAGGUUGAAACCUUGCGUCGCCAGAUGGUCCAAGAGCAAGAGAAUUUAAAACAGGCUCAUGCGCGCAGUGAGCACUUGCAGAAGGCUGUUGAGGAUAAGAGCAAAAGCCUCAAUGAAUGCAAAAUAGAAAUCGAAAGACUUCAGUCUCUUACUGAGAACCUUACAAAAGAACACUUGAUGUUAGAGGAAGAGCUGCGAAAUCUAAGAUUGGAGUAUGAUGAUCUUAGAAGGGCCAGAAGUGAAGUGGAUGAGGAAAAAAAUGCCACAAUUAUUGAACUUAAGAGUCAACUACAAACAAGCAGCAAGCAUACUCUGGAACUUCAGGGUCUGAUAAAUGAUUUACAGAAAGAAAGGGACAAUAUGAGACAGGAAAUUGAAAAAUUCCAAAAGCAGGCUCUGGAGGCAUCACAUAGGAUUCAAGAAUCCAAAAACCAGUGUAACCAUAUUAUGCAAGAACGAGAAACUCUGCUUAUGAAAAUAAAUGCGCUGGAACAAGACAAAGCAAGGUUGCUGAGGUUAGAAGAAGAGCUGAAUCGGUCCAAAGCCACACUAGAGUCAGAAUCCCGCUUGAAACUACGGCUGGAGAAUGAGAAACAGCAGAUCCUGAAUGACUUAAAUCAAUGGAAGAGCCAAUAUUCCCGGAAGGAAGAGAUAAUUCGGAAGAUUGAGUGUGAACGAGACAAGAGUGAGAGGGAGAAGAGUGCCUUGUUGGUAGAAAUUGAGAGGCUGCAGGCAGAGAUUAAGCGGAUUGAGGAAAGGUACAAGUGCCGCUUAGAAGAGACGAGCAGAAAGAGCCAGUCAGAGAUGGAGGCUGAGCGCCUGAGAUUGCAAAGGGAAAUUGAGAAGCUGAAGCAGCGUCCGUACGUGGCCCACAGAGUCACUCAGACAGAAGAGGAUUUUGUGAUUGACCCUUCCAAAUUGCUCUUCACUGGCCUACGGAAAAAAAUAACUGCUGUCCAGCUGUACGAAUGCCAGCUGAUAGACAAAAGCACCCUGGAUAAGCUGCUGAGGGGGCAGAAGUCGGUGGAAGAAGUUGCUGCCGAUCUUGAACCCUAUCUUAAAGGAGCUGGGGCUAUAGCUGGAGUCUCCCUCAGUCCCAAGGACAAGUAUUCCCUGGUAGAGGCAAAACGAAAACAGCUCCUUACCCCAGAGAACACAGUCCUCCUUUUGGAAGCCCAGGCAGCCACUGGAGGUGUGAUUGAUCCUCACCGGAAUGAAUUUCUCAGUGUGGACAGUGCAGUUGCUAGAGACCUGAUAGAUUUUGAUGACAGGGAGCAAAUUUACACAGCUGAAAAGGCCAUCACUGGAUUUAAAGAUCCCUUCUCGGGGAAAACAGUGCCUGUGGCAGAAGCCAUCAAGAAAAAUCUGGUUGACAGGGAGACUGGGAUACGUCUCCUUGAAGCUCAGUUGGCUGCGGGAGGGAUUGUUGACCCUAUCAACAGUGUCUUCUUGCCAAAAGACACUGCUUUAUCUCGUGGGCUGAUUGAUCGAGACUUGUGCAGAUCCUUGAAUCAUCCUCAGAGUUCAAAGCACUUAAUUGAUCCAAUCACUAAGAAGGCCAUAAGUUACAUGAAGCUGAGAGAAAAAUGCAGAAUUGAACCACACACUGGUUUGCUUCUCCUUCCUGUACAGAAGAGAAGCAUGUCAUUCCAAGGCAUCAGGAAACCUAUCACUAUUACUGAAUUAGUAGACUCUGGCAUCAUUCGGGAGUCAACAGCAAAUGAUCUAGAAACUGGGGCAAUCACUGUUGAAGAGGUCACUGACCGAAUCAAAGAUUUCCUCCAGGGCUCCAGCUGCAUAGCUGGCAUUUAUAAUGAGGCCACCAGAGAGACGCUUGGCAUAUACCAGGCCAUGAAAAUAGGUUUGGUUAGACCAGGGACAGCUCUUGAGCUUCUAGAAGCCCAGGCAGCUACUGGAUUUAUUGUGGAUCCUGUUAGCAAUUCGAGGCUUCCUGUGGAAGAAGCUUACAAAAGAGGCCUAGUUGGAAUAGAAUUUAAAGAGAAAUUGUUGUCUGCUGAAAGAGCAGUCACUGGGUACAAAGAUCCAGAAACAGGAAACAUCAUCUCCUUGUUCCAAGCAAUGAACAAGGAACUCAUUGAGAAAGGCCAUGGCGUUCGCUUAUUGGAGGCCCAGAUAGCCACUGGUGGGAUCAUCGACCCUAAGGAAAGUCAUCGUUUGCCAGUCCGCACAGCAUACCAACGUGGCUUCUUCAAUGAAGAGCUGAAUAACAUACUCUCUGAUCCUAAUGAUGAUACCAAAGGGUUUUUUGACCCCAACACAGAAGAAAAUUUGACCUACCUGCAGUUGAAAGAAAGAUGCAUAACAGAUGAAGCAACUGGGCUCUGUCUCCUACCCCUGAGGGAGAAGAAGAAAGUUGUUCAGACUUCACAGAAAAAUACACUUAGGAAACGCAGGGUUGUCAUUGUAGAUCCAGACACAAACAAGGAAAUGUCCGUCCAGGAAGCAUACAAUAAAGGCCUCAUUGACUAUGAUACUUACAUGGAGCUUUCUGACCAGGAAUGUGAAUGGGAAGAAAUCACUAUUACAGGAUCAGAUGGCAGCACAAGAGUGGUGCUUGUUGAUAGAAAAACAGGUCACCAGUAUGACAUCCAAGAUGCGAUUGAUAAAGGUCUUGUUGACAAGAAAUUCUUUGACCAAUACCGUUCUGGAUCGUUAAGCCUCACUCAAUUUGCGGACAUGAUUGCUUGCAGAAAUGGUGGUGAUGAAGUUUUCAGGCAUGAGUCCAUCACUCGAUCUCCCACUGUAGUGAGUGUCAAGAGUUCCUCCGUGGUGUUAAAGAGCAGCUCUGGCUCCUUUUCCGAGUCCCUAGAAGAAACUACUCCUAUUGCAGCCAUAUUUGACACAGAAAAUUUGGAGAAGAUCUCAAUUUCAGAAGCUGUGCAACGGGGCAUAGUUGACAGCAUCACUGCCCAACGCUUGCUUGAAGCUCAGACUUGCACAGGAGGCAUAAUAUGCCCUACCACAGGCCAGCGGCUUUCACUUCAGGAUGCAGUUGCCCAAGGCAUCAUUGACCAUGAGAUGUCUACACGACUGAAGCCAGCUCAGAAAGCUUUUGCAGGGUUUGAAGGUAUCAAGGGCCGAAAGAAAAUGUCAGCUGCAGAGGCAGUGAAGGAAAAGUGGCUGCCUUAUGAGGCUGGUCAGCGCUUCCUUGAGUUCCAGUUUAUCACAGGAGGCCUCAUUGACCCUGAAGCACAAGGGAGAAUAAGUACAGAAGAAGCUAUUAGAAAAGGAUUGAUUGAUGGCCGGACUGCCCAGAGAUUACAAGACACCAGCAACUAUGGAAAGAUUUUGACCUGUCCCAAAACAAAGCUGAAGUUCUCCUACAGAGAUGCAAUGAAUCGCUCUAUGGUAGAAGACAAAACUGGGCUCAGGUUACUAGAAGCUUCUUCUGUUUCAUCCAAAGGCAUCUCCAGCCCAUAUAAUGUCUCUUCAGCACCAGGCUCGCGCUCAGGCUCGCGCUCAGGCUCACGCAGUGGUUCAAGGAGAGGAAGUUUUGACGCAAACACAAAUUCUUCAUAUUCUUAUUCCUAUACAACCAUCAGCGGCAGCUCGCUUGGGCGCUAGUAAUUAACCAGCUAGCUUGUCUGAAUUUUGUACAGGAAGCAUCUGCAGGAAUCAGUAUUCCUUUUUGUUUAAACAAAGAAACAAAAAAAGAACUGGUUGUUGGUGAUAUUAGUACUUGCUUGGGUGAAAUAGCUAAAUUGCAGAAUAAAAGCGAAAAGCAAAUGAAAAGUCCUUUCUGGAGGGGAUGCUGUGUUUCUCCAUUUUUUAAAAAUAGCUGUCUAAAUGUUUUGGGGGAAGACUUGUCAUACUAAAUGUAAGAGGCAAAUGCUGUCUUUUGGGGGGAUGUUUGCAUUCAUCUUUUCUUGUGUAUUUAGCAUUUGCUUGCAUUUCCUUCAGUUAGUCACAUGCUACCAAUAACUAUUAGCCCAGGCUUUAUGUUGUUUUUGUAUCACAGAGUGGUGGUUGUUUUUUAAAGCCACUUUUAUCAGUGUAGAUGUUGCAAUGCACAACGGUGAUGACCUGAAAAUCCUCUCCCAACAAAUGUUAUACUCAAUUGUGCAAUGUUAUUUUCUCAGAUGGUCACUCCAUGUUUAUUAAGGAAGAUUUAUUAGAAUGUGCUUUUCAUUUGCUGUGGCCAAAUGUUUCUAUUCAUUUUUGCUUGCUUGUUCUCUGUGUAACACCUUGCAGGCCUGGCUGCAUAACAUUUACUAUUCUGGCAAUAAAAGUUUAAACACGUUUGA